AUGCGCUUGCAAACUGGUCAACCUACUUCUACAAAUGAUGAGAUAAGGAAUUUUUCCGAGUGGAUUUUAAAAAUUGGGGAUGGGACCAUGUGUGAGUCAAAUGAUGGUUAUGCUGAUAUUUGUAUUCCAGAUGAGUUCUUAAUUUCUAACUUCAAAGAUCCCAUUAAAGCAAUUGUUGAAGAUACGUACCCUGAUCUCAUUCAUAACUAUCUUGAUUCCAAUUAUCUUCAAAGUCGUGCGAUCUUAGCUUCAACAAUCGAAGUAGUUGAUGAUAUCAACCAAUAUAUAACAAACCUUCUUCCAGGAGAAGAGAAAGAGUACUUUAGUAGUGAUUCUAUUGAUAAAUCUGAUGCAAAUAGCUUUGAUGGAUACGAGCAUGUGACACCCGAGUUCCUAAAUGCCCUUAAAACUUCGGGAUUGCUUAACCAUUCAAUCAGGUUGAAAGUUGGGGCCACUAUUAUGUUAAUGCGCAACCUAGAUCAGUUUGAAGGUUUGUGCAAUGGUACAAGGCUAACUGUUACCAGGCUUGCUGCUCAUGUCAUUAAAGCUAAGAUAAUUUCUGGAAAAAAUAUUGGUAACUUAUUUUAUAUUCCUAGAAUGUCUUUGUCCCCUUCACAAUCACCAUGGCCAUUUAAAUUGGUCAGACGCCAAUUUCCAAUUAUUGUUUUCUUUGCCAUGACUAUUAACAAGUCUCAAGGCCAAUCACUUGACAAUGUUGGUUUGUACUUGCCAAGAGAAGUUUUUAGCCAUGGCCAAUUAUAUGUGGCUAUCUCAAGAGUAAAAUCCAAAAAGGAAUUAAGGAUUCUUAUUCAUGACAAAGAUAAACAACCUAUGAUCUCAACAACUAAUGUUGUAUUCAAAGAAGUCUUCCAUAACAUUUGA